AUGAUUGCAAACAUAGCAACAACUGGACGCAAACUCUUUUUUCCAAACAGUCAUCUAUGGCUUCGGGCGCGCAAGGAAUUGCUUCAAGCUGCUAGGCUUUCUUGGUUGGUGGAUGUUGGGCUCACGCAACGAAAGCUGGACGACAUCGGCGACGUGUCUUCAGUAAACACGCUGGUACCACAAGAAAGAGUCAACCGUGAUUGUUUUGUGCAAGCUGGUCAGAAUAUCAUGGAAAUUCAAUGGGACGGCCUGACCAUUUCUGGAGCAGACGAGCUCUAUCAUACAGUUUACGAGACGUACGAAGAGUCGACGCUGAUUCAAUCUCCUCUCUCUGGGAUGGUUCUGAAAGUGAACACUCUCGAUCCAGACCGUGAAGAGCUGGAUGAAGAUACUAUUCUGCUGCAAAUGAGAGUCGAUACUGACUCUUUGAACCUGGCCACGAAAAAUUUGGUUCAAGAGGGGGAGUACAAUGACUUUGUGAGGACGUUGCCACGAGGGCGGUUCCAAGAUUCCUGA